GCCUUUUCCUUCCUCUCCCUUUUCUUCUUUCUUUUAUUUUUUUGCUUAAAAAGACAAUAUCCAAAAUGAUUGGAAACGGAGACCAAAAUACAGCUAAUAAGCAUGCGUCACCUCAUGCCGGUGGUUCACAACUUUUAGGUCCUCAUCAUAAAAAUGCAAAAAACAAUAAUACAAGUGAUAAUACUCAUGCUCCUAUCCCAAUGAGCGAAAAGAAAAAAAUAUUAAAGCAAGGGUGGAUAGACAAACAAGCCAUACGAGAUAUAGAAAUAAAAAACCACAAAAACGAUUUGGCAGCCCUACAUAAGCGUUAUGAGGAAUUAGAAACCACAAACAUUAGAUUGAAAGAAGAAAAGGAAUUGGCUGAGAUAAAGAGCGCAGAGACCAGUAAGAAAGCCAGAGAAUUACAGGCAGAAUAUUACGACCGCACCAAGAAUAUUAGGGUUACGGAUGACGAUUUCUCCACAAUCAUUGCAAAGCUUGGUAAAUUCUCGGGAAAACUUUCGAAUUUCCCUCCAAAUUCGAAAAGUUGCUUCAAGAAAAACCUGGAACGUGAUCAAGUCAUUGAACGUUUUAUGAAACUUCAUAAAAAAGAUGAACUAGAGAUCAAAAAAUUGUUUGAUGAAAGUCCGGGCAAGGCAGAUUAUGCAUUGGUAUCGGUGCUGAUAGAGAAAUUCAUCAUGCGAGAGAUUGUCGAGGUAAUCUUUAGGGCGGAGAUUCAUUUAGACUCAAAGAUCAAUGAUGCAUACAAAAAAAUCAGACAGUUGUUUAGUGAUACAAAGCACGAGGCUUGGAUUAACGAAUUACGAUUGAAAACAGCUAAAGCUACGUUUGACAGCAUGCAUUCUCCUGGCUAUGAUAAAACAAGGGAUAAUGAAACUAGAAAGGGUUUGAUAAUGAAAAUUAUGGUUGGAUUGAACGAAUUUUAUGAUAAACCAGAGGAUAUUGAGGCUCGUGUUGAAAAAUUGGUAGACAUGGCAAUAGAUCUUAGUUUACCAAUUCGGGGACAAGAAGAUUUAGUAGAGAUCAUUCAUUUGGAAAAAGGCGAUGAUGUACAUACAAACCAAGUAAAACCAUUAUACAAAAUGUCCGAUUCGGUCGACAAAAUCAGACUGGGUGUUUCGCCUGUCUUUCUCGCUAAAAGCACAUCGGAUGAUGCAGAAGAAAUUGAAACUUAUAAAAAAAACUACACCUUAGUUUAUCCAGGAAAAGCCAUUUAUUAAAAAUAAAUAUUUUUCAAACUAAAAACAUAAAAAAAAAAAAACUCAAAAAAAAACAAGAAAAAAAAUCACUUAAUAGUUCACUUUUGGUGACAGCGUUGACAAA